GCAAAUCACGCCCUUCAGCCAACCAAAGCGCACACACAUCAUCAAAAUGCAGCACCGGUCGCUAAACCAACAAUGCGAUAUUCACAUUUUUGAAAUAGAAGGCUAACUGUUGGCUCCUGUGAAGUCCUGCCGCGCUGAUUAGCCGCCCCCUAACAUCCACCUACAUCGCCUCAUCCUUGUUCCAGAGCUGCCCACUCUGUGUGGUCAGCUCACAUUCACAACGUCUUCUUCAAAGAGGCGUAAGGUUGCUGCAGAGCUGCGUAAAGCUGGAGGCCGCACGGGUUUUCACUUUCUUCCCUCUGCAUCUUCAAGAAAGUCCUCCCACCCUCUGAAACGCCGCGGCCAUCACUCUUUGCCUGCUUCGUUGCAACCUACUCCUUCAGCCACCAAUACCUCUUCCUCUUCCUCCGUUUCGUCAGCAUCUUCGGAAUCUCCCCCUGCUUCAAAAACCUACUCCCUUGAAACUUCCAACGGUACACUCCCUCUCAGCAACGCCGGAUCCUCUCCCUCCAUCUCCGCCCCUUCCAAGCAUAAAAAGCGGUCAAAGAUGUCCUCAACGGGCGGUGCGAACGGGAAGUCCACCAGCUGCGAUCAGCCGAUGCAAGACGCUCAAAACGGCCAUCCUGACUACCGAUCUUCUUCUCCUACAUUAAAGCGCCCGGCUGCAGAGAUGGGUGGGGACGAACAGAAGGAGAACGGGGAUUCUAUGGAUACAGAUCCUCCGAGCAGCAAGAGCAUUAUCGAAAUGCAGAUAGACAACUCACACCUGAAAAAGAAGAAUGAUCGGCCAGACAGGCACGCCCGGGCAGCUUCCGUUGAUAUGAUCGGUCGGGAUAACGAUACAGGCCCCAAAACCUCAUCUGAAGAGGCUACCAGCUCCGGAUCGGAUAGCGUCUAUCCAACCCCAUCCAGCAUGUCGACCUACACCCACUCAACCUACGAGGAGAGAUCCCAGGCGAUCUCAAGCCAUUCCAACCACUCUUCGCACGCUGUUCCUUCCCUUGACGAACAGGUUGCAACCGUCAUGCAAAUGGUGAUGCAGCCUCCACAAGAAAAACAGCGAGGAUAUGUGGUCUCUGGGACUUGGUUAAAUAGGGUUCUCGCGAGGAGUAGCAAAGGUCCGAUGCGGGACAAAUCUGACAAAACUGCUGCAGAGGGUGAGAUAGGACCAGUGGACAACUCCGAUCUUGUCCUGGUCACCGAUCCUAGCACGCUAUUCAAGGAUGAAGCCGGAGAGCCGUUCGUUCCGCUUCGCCCCGGUUUACAAAUGGGAGAGGACUUCGAGAUCUUCCCUCAAGAAGCAUGGGAUCUGAUUAUAAGCUGGUACGGCUUGUCAAAGAAUUCCCCGGCGAUUGUUCGAUACGCACAUAACACAAAUACCCCCGGAAAUACUGAGAACAUCCAAUACGAGCUGAAUCCGCCUGUAUUUACAAUCCUAAAGUUGCCGAGUCCGACAAACCCUGCUGUGCAACUCUCGACAGAUAAAAGUCGGACUCCUGUUAAGACGCUUGCCAGCAGCCACACUCCAUUCCAGCAAUGGCUAAGAAAUGCUAAGAAACUUGCUUCUAUCGAGCCCACAACUAAGGUUCGCGUAUGGAGGAUCCUUGAGGGUUUGGGCACCUCUGGUACCGUUACGCCAGCCGCUUCCCGAAGUGCUUCGCCAGCUCCGGGCUCCACCCUAAUUGCCAACGCUGGGGACAGCUUAGUUCUCGACACUAACAAGUUUGCCGCCUUGAGUGAAGGCUCGCAGAGGGAACUUGUUGAACUCAAAGACCAGACUUCGAACGAAAAAUAUAACGGAAGUGUUACAUUGCACCUUGCUGGCCUUAGUGGUGACAAUGUUAUUGUUCUUGAAGAGCAAAUCGGUGGCGCUGGUGGUGGCGAAUGGGCAUCAGAUGCCGCAAAGUAUGGGUCAAGCCGACUUGCUGCUCUGACCACCACCACAACCACUACAAAGGUAGCACCCCAGAGCAAGUUCAAAUCACCCGCUGUUCCUACUAGUGGACGUGCGUCACCCGUACCAUCCGUCGUUACGCGAGGGCGAAAGCGCAAAGAUAGCAAAACUCGUGGUGUUACCGGUCUGAGCAAUCUCGGAAAUACAUGCUACAUGAAUUCGGCUCUGCAAUGCGUCCGGAGUGUCGAGGAGCUCACCCAGUAUUUCCUGGCGAACGAGUAUAAAAAGGACCUCAACCCGAGUAACCCGCUGUCCCACAAUGGCGAUGUAGCCAGGACCUAUGCCAACCUUCUCCAUCAAAUGUUCGAUGAAAACGCACCUGAUUCCAUUUCUCCCCGUAAUUUUAAACUGACAAUCGGACGAUAUGGACCUUCAUUUUCCGGCUACGGCCAGCAAGACUCUCAAGAGUUUCUACUUUUCCUCCUUGAUGGUCUGCAGGAAGAUCUCAAUAGGAUUCACAAGAAACCAUAUAUCGAGAAACCGGAUUCCACGGACGAUAUGGUCCAUGACAAGGCUGCAUUGCAGGAAUUUGCCGAUCGGAACUGGGAAAUAUACAAAGCGCGAAACGAUUCAGUGAUUACUGAUCUAUUUGCCGGCAUGUACAAAUCCACAGUCGUUUGUCCAGCUUGUGAUAAAGUGAGCAUCAUCUUCGAUCCGUUCAGCAACCUGACCCUCCAAUUACCCAUCGAAAAUGUAUGGAGUAAAUACGUAUAUUUCUUCCCGGCUCAUGGCGAGCCGCUUUUGAUUGAUGUGGAGAUCGAUAAAAAUGCUAGCAUCAAGGCGUUGAAGGAGUAUGUGGCGAAAAAGGUCAACAGCGACCCGCGGCGUUUGGUCAUGGCGGAAAUCUAUACCCAAAAAAUCUACAAAUUGUUUUCGAAUACUUCGGCUAUCAGCGACUGUUCAAUCGGGCAAUCGGAUAACAUUGCCAUGUACGAAUUAGAAACUAUACCGACAAGUUACGAUCCAGACAAGGCAAAGAGGCAAAGCUAUAGCAUGCUUUACACGGGUUUACGCGGUGACGAUGCAGACAUUGUCUCCUUCGACUCUGAACAGGCGGAUCGUAUCCUUGUUCCUAUUUUUAACCGUGUUGUAAAGACCUCUGUCACGAAAUAUGCCCGUCAGCGGCCGCUCUUUGGCGUGCCUAGGUUUGCGGUUAUCACCCGCGAGGAGGCAAUGGAUUACGAUGCAAUACUGCGGAAAGUCUUAGCUCAAGUUAAUACUUUAACGACGCGGGAUAUCCUGACCGAAGAUGAAGAUGAUACAACUAUGCGCUCCACCUCUGCGGAAGAUUCCGAUGCCGUGGUCACGAACGACGAUGACGCGAGCUCCAAUGACUCGAAGAUUAAAAUGGGCUCUGUGGAAGGUGAAGACGGAUUGGUUGAUGUCUCCAUGCGUGAUGCUACUGACCCUUCUUCGCAGGGAGGUAGUACGAACCCUUCGAACGCACCCGUCGCCAGAGUUCUUCAGCCGAGAAGCUUCAUUCCUCCCUCGCUUCGAAACCUAUUCGACGUCAAGUUCGUGAAGACCCAGGAUCCUGCGGGGAUAGCAUAUUCUUCUAUAGACGAUUCCAAGGAAUUUCUCUCUAUGAUAGAUAGGGUGCGACCGAGAAAGGCGGCUAAACGUGGAGGUCAGCGAAUGAAAAAUGUUCCGCCUCACCGUUCAAACAACAGCCCUGUCAGCAGCGAAGACGAACUUUCUAGACCGCCUAUUUCCGUUCAAGUUCCGCGUAAUAAGCUUACUGAAAGUUUGUCGAACUACUCGAGCUCUGAGGAGACAAAGGAGGACAGCGGGUCAGACACUGAUUCAGAUCCAUAUCCUACCGCCCGCUCAAUACGGAAAGAGAAGGGCCAUAAACAAAAAGGAGUGGGUUCAAAGCGCGGCCCUCCAUCCAAUCUCCCUUAUAUCCGUCCUGGCGAGGCUAUUGUGCUCGACUGGAACGAAUCUGCUCAUGACGCCCUUUUCGGAGGAGAUCCCCGAGAUAAGGAAUCGCUGCGUGGCAUACCGACAUGGGAGAAUCCCCAAAGGCUCCCAGAUCCCGAACUAGCAAGGAAACGUCAACUACGUCAGAGUAAGAAGCGCAUGGGCAUCUCGUUAGCCGAAUGCCUAGACGAAUUUGGCAGAGAAGAGAUUCUCUCCGAAAAUGACGCUUGGUACUGUCCUCGAUGCAAAGAGCAUCGCCGUGCCAGCAAGAAAUUCGAGCUUUGGACGGUGCCAGACAUUUUGGUUAUGCAUCUUAAACGAUUCAGUGCCAACCGGGGAUUCAGAGAUAAAUUAGACGUGCUAGUCGAUUUCCCUCUUGAACUAGAUAUGACCGGAAGAGCCCAAGCGCCGAAUGACGGCAAGAGCAUGAUGUACGACUUGAUUGCCGUCGAUAAUCACUAUGGUACCCUGGGUGGUGGCCAUUACACGGCUUACGCCAAGAGCUUUGCUGAUGGUAAUUGGUAUGAAUAUAAUGAUUCCCAUACGUCGAGAAAGUCAGAUCCCAGCGUUGUUGUGACAAAGGCAGCGUACCUGUUAUUCUACCGUCGGCGCUCGGAUCACCCUUUAGGCGGGUCGUAUCUGGCGCAGGUAACAGAGGCAGCAGGUCAAAAAAACGCAGCAGACUCUGAUUCUCCCGAAGACUCUGACGGGAAUUCGGGGGAAGGCAAGCGCCUCGACGGCUUCUCCCGCAAUGGGUCGUCGAGCGCCUUAGCCGGAGUCGCAGCAGCUCACCAAGCGGGAGAUGGUGGUUUGCAGGGCGGAGUCCUCAACAGGAAUGAUGAAGACGAUACGCUGCCUGGGUACCUAGAUUCCAUGCAAGCUGGAGAAAGUUCUUUGAGACGUGGAGAUGACUUGGAAGGCAUGGAGAUUGAUGGGUAUGAACGCGAAUACGGCCCGGGGCCGUUGUCCUAUCUAAGAGAUCAAGGUUGGUCAUUCGAUCGUAUUCACGCAGGCUCGUACUAUGGUAAUAAUGAUGAUUUGGAUGAUAAUUCGAGCAUGAAAGCCGUCGGAGGUGAUGAUACCGAUUCCGAAACACAAAUACAGCCGCUGGGCAGCUCGGAAGGGCCGGCUCCGCUGUUCUCCGGCAAUGAUUAUGAUAACGAGCAUGUGAGCAUUCUGGGCAUGAUGGAUGUUGACGAGGACGACGAGAUGCCCGUGGUAGAACUUUCAGUUCCAGACGAAGAGUCCAGCAGUUGAGUUGCCAGGUCGUCUUUCGUUUAUGAUGGUCCCCGCCACUGUUGCCGAAUGCACAGUCAUACGCCUCUCGACAGAGGCACAGAGCACAUGGCUUUUGCAUCCUGGGAUCCAGCCUUUUCUACCUUUCGCUAUGUUGAAGACAAAAAGAGAUUAUAUAUUUUUUUCUUCAGGAAAUAUGCUGGCGUUGGGGAUGUAUCUUUGUUUAUUCUACUUGUCACGGCCCUCUCUCCCAAGUGAUGUUGUGUCGCUGUUCUUGGGGCCUUGUUGCUUUUCAAUACCUCAUUAGCAUUACCAAGGAAAACAAGAAUAGAGUAUCAUUCUUUUUUUC